AUGUUUGCCCGUGCCUUCCAAAGUUCGCUCCGUACACCUAAGUUCCGCCUGACGCCUCUUGCCGUGAGAUUAUUGUCCCAAGAAACAAAAUCUGCGAUCGAGCAGGCCAUUUCAUCUGCUCCCGUCGUGUUGUUCAUGAAAGGUACUCCACAGGCCCCAGCUUGUGGAUUUUCGAGAGCUACUAUUCAGAUAUUGGGACAGCUGGGUGUGGAUCCACACAAAUUUGCUGCCUACAAUGUCCUUGAAGAUCCUGAACUUAGACAGGGUAUCAAGGAGUACAGUGAAUGGCCGACCAUUCCUCAACUCUACGUCAAUAAAGAUUUCGUUGGAGGAUGUGAUAUUGUGAUGGCCAUGAGCCAGUCAGGCGAGCUGAGCGAGCUCCUCGAGUCUGCUGACGCCCUCGUUCCAGAAGAAGAAGAGGAGAAAUGA